AUGGAGGUAUAUCCCCGACCAGAUACAACAUUAAGGUAUAUAUCUGACCAGGUUCAACAUGUAGGUUUAGCUAAAACCAGGUACAACCAUCUAGGUUUAGCUCAAACCAGGUACAACCAUGUUGGUUUAGCUCAAACCAGGUACAACCAUCCAGGUUUAGCUCAAACCAGUUACAACCAUGUUGGUUUUGCUCAAACCAGUUACAACCAUGUUGGUUUUGCUCAAACCAGUUACAACCAUGUAGGUUUAGCUCAAACCAGUUACAACCAUGUUGGUUUAGCUCAAACCAGUUACAACCAUGUAGGUUUAGCACAAACCAGUUACAACCAUGUUGGUUUAGCUCAAACCAGUUACAACCAUGUUGAUUUAGCUCGAACCAGGUACAGCCAUAUAGGUUUAGCUCGAACCAGUUACAGCCAUGCUGGUUUAGCUCGAACCAGUUACAACCAUGCUGGUUUAGCUCAAACCAGUUACACGCAUGUUGGUUUAGCUCAAACCAGUUACAACCAUGUUGGUUUAGCUCAAUCCAGGCACAACUAUGUAUGUUUAGCUCAAACCAGGUACAACCAUGUAGGUUUAGCUCAAACCAGUUACAACCAUGUUGGUUUAGCUCAAACCAGGUACAGCCAUGUUGGUUUAGCUCGAACCAGUUACAACCAUGUUGGUUUAGCUCAAACCAGGUACAACCAUGUUGGUUUAGCUCGAACCAGUUACAACCAUGUAGGUUUAUCUCAAACCAGUUACAACCAUGUUGGUUUAUCUCAAACCAGUUACAACCAUGUUGGUUUAGCUCAAACCAGUUACAACCAUGUUAGUUUAUCUCGAACCAGUUACAACCAUGUAGGUUUAUCUCAAACCAGUUACAACCAUGUAGGUUUAUCUCAAACCAGUUACAACCAUGUUGGUUUAGCUCAAACCAGGUACAACCAUGUUAGUUUAUCUCAAACCAGGUACAACCAUGUUAGUUCAUCUCAAACCAGUUACAACCAUGUUGGUUUAGCUCAAACCAGUUACAACCAUGUUGGUUUAGCUCAAACCAGUUACAACCAUGUUGGUUUAGCUCAAACCAGGUACAACCAUGUAGGUUUAUCUCAAGCCAGUUACAACCAUGUAGGUUUAUCUCAAGCCAGUUACAACCAUGUUGGUUUAGCUCAAACCAGGUACAACCAUGUUAGUUUAUCCCAAACCAGUUACAACCAUGUUGAUUUAGCUCAAACCAGUUACAACCAUGUUGGUUUAGCUCAAACCAGUUACAACCAUGUUGGUUUAGCUCAAACCAGUUACAACCAUGUUGAUUUAGCUCAAACCAGUUACAACCAUGUUGGUUUAGCUCAAACCAGUUACAACCAUGUUGAUUUAGCUCAAACCAGUUACAACCAUGUUGGUUUAGCUCAAACCAGUUACAACCAUGUUGGUUUAGCUCAAACCAGUUACAACCAUGUUGGUUUAGUUCAAACCAGGCACAACCACGUUGGUUUAGCUCAAACCAGUUACAACCAUGUUGAUUUAGCUCAAACCAGUUACAACCAUGUUGGUUUAGCUCAAACCAGUUACAACCAUGUUGGUUUAGCUCAAACCAGUUACAACCAUGUUGGUUUAGCUCAAACCAGUUACAACCAUGUUGGUUUAGUUCAAACCAGGCACAACCAUGUUGGUUUAGCUCAAACCAGUUACAACCAUGUUGGUUUAGCUCAAACCAGUUACAACCAUGGACAACAUGUAGGUUUAGCUCAACCCAGAGACAACCAUGUUGGUUUAGCUCAAACCAGUUACAACCAUGUAGGUUUAUCUCAAACCAGUUACAACCAUGUUGAUUUAGCUCAAACCAGUUACAACCAUGUUGGUUUAGCUCAAACCAGUUACAACCAUGUUAGUUUAGCUCAAACCAGUUACAACCAUGUAGGUUUAGUUCAAACCAGUUACAACCAUGUUGGUUUAGCUCAAACCAGUUACAACCAUGUUGGUUUAGCUCAAACCAGUUACAACCAUGUAGGUUUAUCUCAAACCAGUUACAACCAUGUUGGUUUAGUUCAAACCAGGCACAACCAUGUAUGUUUAGCUCAAACCAGUUACAACCAUGUAGGUUUAGCUCAAACCAGGUACAACCAUGUAGGUUUAGCUCAAACCAGGCACAACUAUGUAUGUUUAGCUCAAACCAGGUACAACCAUGUAUGUUUAGCUCAAACCAGUUACAACCAUGUAGGUUUAGCUCAAACCAGGUACAACCAUGUAGGUUUAGCUCAAACCAGGUACAACCAUGUAGGUUUAGCUCAAACCAGGCACAACCAUGUAGGUUUAGCUCAAACCAGGUACAACCAUCUAGGUUUAGCUCAAACCAGUUACAACCAUGUAAGUUUAGCUCAAACCAGGGACAACCAUGUUGGUUUAGCUCAAACCAGUUACAACCAUCUAGGUUUAGCUCAAACCAGGGACAACCAUGUUGGUUUAGAUCAAACUAGUUACAACCAUGUAGGUUUAGCUCAAACCAGUUACAGCCAUGUUGGUUUAGCUCAAACCAGGGACAACCAUGGUGGCGUAGCACUGAUCAGGUACAUCGCCAGAAGUAAAUUGCUGACUAGAUAA